CUCCACUCUUCCACCCAGGCUGACAGAACAGCCCCUUCCAGCCCCUGUCAGAAUUCUGUAAUUAUAACAAAGUGAGGUCACAAAGCCCCCUGGAAGGAGAGACUACAUCCUCAGAAGCAAGGAUUCUGGGAGCUACUUGGGCUGGAGCUGGGCUUUGGUGCUCACCGGAGGCUUGGAGGAGACGACAGCUCUCUUCAUCAUGUGCGAGGAGGUACAGGCAACCGUGCAGAAACCCACGCAGAGCCUGAGGCACAGCAAGGAGGAGCUGAACAGGCUCAACCAGGCCAUCCAGCGGCUGACUGCGGAGGUGGACAGUGCUAAGAGUCAGCCCUGUGAACUAGACAGAGGCACGGAGCCACGGGCUCUGCCGGAGGAGGGUGCCUCAGACAGCGCCCAGGGCAAGCUGGCCUGGCUGGAGGCUGCCCUGCAGAGAGCCAAGCACGACAUGGUCCGCCAGCUGCGUGAGUACCAGGAUCUCAUGAUUGUCAAGCUGGGCCUGGACUUUGAGAUUGCCACCUACCGCAAGCUGCUGGAGGGCGAGGAGAGCAGCCCAGGGCAACGCUUCCACUUGCGGACUUGGCUCAGCCUCGGGCCCCGCCCGCCCGCUGCCUCCCGGAGCGGAUUCCGGCGCCCUGCAGACGGGCGCCCCUGGCGGCGGCUGCGCGCUCUGCGGCUCCCUCGCCUGCCUCGGCGGUUUAGGCUGCCGCGGCACCCGCGGAUGCUGAACAUUUCUGCCCAGCUGUGGAGAAGUCAAAGACCCCUAGCUCCUGCCCCCAAGGACUUGACCCUGUGCCUCAGACGCCCCCUCCUACGGAACUGGACCUCACUUCAUCUUUCCAUCAUGGUCACUCCCCACCCCCCAACCUCACCCCAGAGCGGAAAGUCUUGGAAUCUAGCUUACGGAAUGGUCACUGCCCUGCCCCUGGGUGAAGACAGCCGAGACCCUGUGCCACUGGGGAGGCUUGGUGGCUUACCUGGACCCAGUACCCUGCUCCUCUGACCUACCCCCCGACUCCUCUUUCGCUGGGACUCCUCCUUUGCAAUAAAAAGUUCUU